CCACCACAAGUUAUAAUGCAAUCAAAAUCAAGUCAAAGAAACCUCAAUGCUUUUAUUCUUUUUAACUUUUUCAAACUAAGAACAGUGAUUCUCUCUUUAAAUGGGGUGCAUGAACAGGAAAAAUCCAGCUACUUUCACUUCUCAUGGAAGGCGCAAGCCUUUCUUCUGGUCCGCAAGAGGCUUCCACUUAUGAUGAGAUCUCUAUGCAACAGAGCUUGAUCUUCUCAGACAGUCUUCAGGAUUUGAAGAACCUAAGGGCGCAACUGUACUCUGCUGCAGAACACUUUGAACUCUCUUACACCAAUGACAAUCACAAACAAACGGUGGUGGACACCUUGAAGGAUUUUGCUGUUAGAGCCCUUGUUAACACAGUAGACCACUUGGGUUCAGUAAGCUACAGGGUCAACGGCCUCCUCAACGAAAAGGUCGAAGAGGUUUCAGAAACAGAGUUCCGAAUUGGAUGCAUGGAGCAGAGGGUGCGGAUGUGUCAAGAAUAUAUGGAUCAUGAAGGCCUUGGUGAACAGUCUAUCACCAUUACAGCUCCCAAAUACCACAAACGAUACAUGCUAAAAGGAAAUCUAAGUAACUCUGGAGGUGGAGCUAAAGUCGCUAAACCCUAUCAAGAAUUUGACAGAGAGCUUGACAAUCAUGACAGGCAAAUUAUUCAUGCCGCUAGCAUGAAGAGGCGAGAGAAAUCCUCUUCUUCAAGGAGGAAGACGCAUUCAUUGUCUCCUUCACCAAGACCUCAAGGCUUUUACUUCACAGAAAGUGAAGGACCAAUCUCGCCAUUCUCUGCGUCACGUGCUCUUGUUCGUAGUGGAUCACUUGCUCAUCGGACAACCAUCAAUGCGAGCCCCUUCAGUUCGGGGAGGAGGUUUCCUUUGGAACCUCAGAAGUCAGCUUCCAUGAGAUUUUAUGGUGAUAUGGAAGAAGAAAGAGAGGUUGAACACAAUAGGGGAAGAAGCAAACGAUUUCUUAGAGCUCUGCUCAGCAGGGGCAGAUCAGUCAAGCACAGGCAACCUCUCUCUACUUGAUAAACACUCUCUACAUCUUUACACAACCAAGCUCAAUGCAUCGCAACCAACCACUAGAGAUUCAUUCGGCCUCAGCUCUUUGGUUUGCUAAUUGUCCAGACUUGGUUACUUUUAGGUGCUCACCAAUUUUUACCCCGAGCAGCAAGCAAAAAAUAUUACUGGGCAGUUAGAGAAUCACAGUUGGAAGUCCCUUUGGCUUAAGAGCUGAUGAGCACAGGAAUUUGUAGAGGAAAAAACUGUUAAAGAGGAAAAUAGAAGGUGGGUACGCCUGCUUUCACAUGAGAUAAUGUAAACGAUGACUUGGAUGUGUACAAGCAACAUGGAAGGCUUCAAUGUAUUUUCUUUCUUUUC